UCCGUGUGCGCGUUGAAAGUGACGUGCCUUUUUAAACAAGAUAGUGUCGUUCAAGGACAAACUGUAUCACAACUGUACCAUAACCUUGAGUUACCCGACAUACUUCACAGAUUUUACAGUGUUGCAACCAUAUGACCCAGCGGUUCAAGACUUCGAUAUUUGGAAAUAUCGGAAAUCACCGUACAGUGCCGUGGUGGUGAUUUAGAGUUAGUGAUUUGUGGGCGAGAGUGGUUGUAUAUACACACAAUCAAUCACUGGUGUUUUUUACACUAAAAAGCUUUUUAUUUAAACUGUAUUUUACUAAAUCCAACAUGGAGUCGUAUACGUCGUUGGUUCACAGUAUGUUACUGUUAGCAGUACUAAUCGCUUUCGCGGAAUCGCCGACAUGGGCGCAGACCACAGAUGCGCCAAUUUCGGAAAAUAUCAACAACGAUGGUAAUAUAACUUGGGCAGAUUUGCCAGCGGGGAAACCUUAUGUGUCACCUUCUGAAUACGACGAAGGCGACCCUCCACUCCCGGGAAUAUGGAAUUUAAUGUACGGGUUUCUCGAUACUAUUGCGCCAAGACACAUAGAUUACGGAAUAAUACCUGAUUAUAUGAAUAAUGGAAAAUCUAUAGAUAACUUACAAGAUGAUUUGAUGAACAAUAUUGAUGUUUUCCUGGGAAUAGCCAUCUGCAUAGUAUUGGGAUUUCUAUUUCUUUUAAUAUUCCCAUUGGUGUGUUGUUGUUUCUGCUGUUGUCGGAUGUGCGGUAACUGUGGAGGGAAGAUGUACCAGAAACAGUCAUCCAAUAUGUGCUGCAAGAAAGUUACUUACUCAGUCAUACUGUUCAGUGUGACCGCCAUAUUAGCUGGAGGAGUUGCAUGUGGAUAUUUUGUGAGUGAACGUCAAACAGAUGUGAUUGAAAACUUUAGUGGUAAUCUGCUUGGGAGUAUUGAUGAUAUGUUAAACUACAUCAACAAUACAGUGGAUGAGGUAGAGUUCAUUGCUGUUGAUCAAACCACUUGGGCAAUUAACCAGAUCCUUGAUGAUUUUUCAGAUAUAGGUGGAGUGCUGGGCGUGGCUAUUAAAGAUCAGUUAGGAGAAAACGUACAGCCUGCUAUAGAUAGUAUGAUUAAUAUGGUUGACAACAUUCAAGUAACCAACGAUGGUUUGAAAGAGUUAGAUGUCCUUGCUGGUGUUUUAAACACUGACUAUACAGCCUAUGCCACAAGUGUGAGUGAUUUCAAAAGUGACUUGGAUACUGAGUUCACUUCUUGUGGCACAACUAAUUGUCCAUCGGAACGUCCUGAUACCAGUGUUUUGACUUGCAGUCGAGAUUUUAGUAUGUUUGUUGCAGACAGUGGUGGAACUUAUCCAGACGGUGAAACAGUUGUUGCAGAAACAGCGUUAGAUAGUCUUCUGGCUACUAACCCUAAAGCAGAAGCAGAAGCUGGAGAACAAAUGUUUGAAGACAUCCCUGCGAGAAUUCAGAAUGAAACAAAGGAUGCUGUUGACA